AUGGCGAUACAAUUAUAUUCCAACGUAGUGAAUACAAUUGCUCAAACAUAUGAAGAUCUUUUAACACACAACCCUAUAAGUAAAGAUAUGAGUAUCAGAGCUUGUAAUGUUUGUAGUGAUACUAUCAUAUCAUUUGAUAAUAUCCUAUUAAAUCCGCGAGUAAGUGUUCAAGAGAGACGGUGUAUACAAGCAAAUAUUACACUAUUACAUUCUUAUUAUGAGAAGUUUCUACGGUUAAGUGAGCAAGUGGUUGGUGGAGAUUUGAAUUCUAGAAAUUUAAUUCAGUGGCGCGAUAUGGAAAACGCUUUUCAGAAUCGUAUAACAACUGGCUGCAUUGUAAAUAUUGGCCAUAUUGAUUUAAGAACAUUUCUGCAUGAUGCAAAAAGUUUAACAGUUAAUAAAAUUCAAGAAAAUAUGCAGAGGAUUGGAAAUCUUAAAGUCAGUACCACUUUAAUGUGCAAAUUUGAAAAUGUUAAGAGUGAAUUAACCAUUGAGGAAACAAAGGCAUUUCAAACUCAAAGUAAUGAGAUAUUAAUAACAACAGAUCUCGACAACUGGUUUGCCAGUAGUGUGUAUGAUGUUUUAUUGAAGAAAGUUGAAGAGUUUAAUCAAAAAGAUUCAGGGUGGAGCUUAGCGGAAGUGAUAAACUUAACUAUUAACAUCUCUAGAUAUGCCCCAUUGAGAGCUGGCUUAUCAACGUUUGUCACUUUGCCUAAAGAUAUACAAUAUAAAAAAGCUGUCAUCAACAUCCAAAAUAACGAUGAAUUUUGUUUUCUUUGGUGCGUAACUGCUGCAGUAUAUGGUGCUGAAACUACUCGCCCAGAAAGGACAUCAUCAUAUCCGCAUUUUAGAACACUUUUUAAUUAUAAGGGUAUACAAUUUCCUAUAACUCUCAAAGACAUUCCAAAAUUUGAAAAGUUGAAUAACUUGAACAUAAAUGUUUACGGACUUGAAUUGCAGUUAAUCAAGAAUGAAGAAGAAGAAGAUGCAGCAUCUAGUGUAAUAGCGCCAUUAUACUUGAGUACUAAUUAUCAAUGUAAGAAACCUAUAAUUUAUUUAUUAAUGAUUGAAGCUAAUAAUAAGAUUAAUAAUAAUAAUAAUAAUAAUAAUAAUAAUAAUAAUAAUAAUAAUAAUAAUAAUAAUAAUAAUAAUAAUAAUAAUAAUAAUAAUAAUAAUAAUAAUAAUAAUAAUAAUAAUAAUAAUAAUAAUAAUAAUAAUAAUAAUAAUAAUAAUAAUAAUAAUAAUAAUAAUAAUAAUAAUAAUAAUAAUAAUAAUAAUAAUAAUAAUAAUAAUAAUAAUAAUAAUAAUAAUAAUAAUAAUAAUAAUAAUAAUAAUAAUAAUAAUAAUAAUAAUAAUAAUAAUAAUAAUAAUAAUAAUAAUAAUAAUAAUAAUAAUAAUAAUAAUAAUAAUAAUAAUAAUAAUAAUAAUAAUAAUAAUAAUAAUAAUAAUAAUAAUAAUAAUAAUAAUAAUAAUAAUAAUAAUAAUAAUAAUAAUAAUAAUAAUAAUAAUAAUAAUAAUAAUAAUAAUAAUAAUAAUAAUAAUAAUAAUAAUAAUAAUAAUAAUAAUAAUAAUAAUAAUAAUAAUAAUAAUAAUAAUAAUAAUAAUAAUAAUAAUAAUAAUAAUAAUAAUAAUAAUAAUAAUAAUAAUAAUAAUAAUAAUAAUAAUAAUAAUAAUAAUAAUAAUAAUAAUAAUAAUAAUAAUAAUAAUAAUAAUAAUAAUAAUAAUAAUAAUAAUAAUAAUAAUAAUAAUAAUAAUAAUAAUAAUAAUAAUAAUAAUAAUAAUAAUAAUAAUAAUAAUAAUAAUAAUAAUAAUAAUAAUAAUAAUAAUAAU